UAUUGCGCACUGGGCUUCACGUGCCAUCAGCUCGCCAUCACUGCGCGCUCACCACGAAGCCUAGUGAUUGUCCAACAGAUGUCAGAAUACGCGAUGCUUUGCGUUUCAAGACUGGCAGGUAUGAGUUUUGUCUAACGGUGUGUGGAAGAUACGGAUGCGCAACGAGCAUCAGCACAUUUCAGAGAUGUUGCGCGUGUUUGCCGGUGUGUGUUUUCUCUCGGUUCUGCGGUUCUCGGUUGCGCUGGAUUUACUGGCGGUGAACUGCAGUCAGGUGAAGGACGCGUACACAUCUCUGGGUUACAGCUCGACCGAUGUGCCAAGCGAGGAGAUUCCAGGAGAUCAUCUGCUAGUGUGUGGUCCACAGAGGACCUGCUGUAAUACAGUAAUGGAGGAGAACUUCGGUCACAGGAGCACACGGGACUUUGAUAAGCUCAUAGAUGACACAAGUGAGGAUCUGAGGAACACAUUUAUGACCAGACAUAAAAGGUUUGAUGGUUUCUUCCUGGAUUUGCUUGAGAACACGGAGCAAUCUUUAAAUGAGAUGUUCAUACGUACAUACGGCAAACCCUACAUGCAGAACGCCGAGGUCUUUCAGAGUUUGUUCACAGAGCUGAAGCGAUACUACACAGGUGGCAACGUCAAUCUAGAAGAGAUGCUAAAUGAUUUCUGGACUCAUCUUCUGGAGCGCAUGUUCCAGUUACUUAAUUCCCAGUAUAUCAUCACUGAGGACUAUCUGGAGUGUAUCAGUAAGUACAUAGAAGAGCUCAAGCCCUUUGGAGACGUUCCCAAGAAGCUAAAGUAUCAGAUUACACGAGCAUUCGUCACAGCUCGUACCUUCGUUCAGGGCCUGAUGGUCGGACGGGAAGUUGCUAACAGAGUUUCAAAGGUUAACAUGAGCUCCACGUGUAUCAACGGCUUGACUAAAAUGCUGUACUGUCCUUACUGUAAUGGCCUGACGACAUUGAAGCCCUGUAAAAACUACUGUUUAAAUGUUAUGAAGGGCUGCCUGGCCAACCAUGCUGAUCUGGACCCAGAAUGGAGCAAGUAUAUUGAUGCCAUGUUACUCGUGACAGAAAGACUAGAGGGACCUUUCAACAUCGAGUCGGUCAUGGAGCCAAUAGAUGUAAAGAUAUCAGAAGCGAUCAUGAAUAUGCAGGAGAACAGCGUGCAGCUCUCUUAUCAAGUUUUUCAAGGUUGUGGACAACCAAAGCCUUCAGGAAUGAGCAGAACUGCCCGCGGUGUCCAGAACACGUUCAGCGGACGCUUCAGCCCCUACAACCCUGAGGAACUUCCGACCACUUCUGCCGGUAGUCGCCUGGACCGCCUGGUGACUGACAUCAAGGAUAAACUGAAGCAGUUCAGGAAGUUUUGGUCUUGGAUUCCAGAAGGUGUUUGUCAGGAGGAGAAUGUGGCAUCAGCUGAUGAUGUUGACUGCUGGAACGGCUCUUCUAGGGGCAGAUACGUCCCUGAGGUGCUGAAAGAUGGACUGACUCAUCAGGUGAAUAAUCCAGAGGUCGGGGUUGACAUCACCAGACCGGACACUCUCAUACGACAGCAGAUCCUGGCUUUAAGAGUGAUGACCAACAAGCUCAAAAACGCAUAUGAUGGGAACGACAUCUUCUUUCGAGACUCAAAUGAUGACAGCAGUAGUUCGGGAAGCGGCAGCGGCUGCAGUGAGACAGAAUGUGUCACAGAAUCAGACUCUUUCAUUACUCAAGCUCCUCUUGAAGAUACAGAGAAACCUGAUGAAGCAUCUUCUGUCUCCAGCAUCCAGCCAUCGCUUCUGCUGCUCUUCAUUGCUGUCCUCCUGAAUGAACACUUGAGAUAAGAUCUGCUCUAUACUUCAUACAGACUGAUACUCUUGUUCGCAGUGCUGGACCUCUGAUCUCAGUAAAUCUGAGGAUGUUCCUCCUGUAUGAAAAGGAGCACAUGCUUACAUAAGCAUUACAGAAGUAUUAUGCGUUGUCCUCUAAGUGUUCAAAAGGGCAAUAAGAGAAUAAGAAAUUUCAUGUUUUUGAUUUAGUAAAUUAACUGCAGCGCAUUUAUGGAUCAUAUUUAGCAAAUAAUUAAGAUCCUUGUAUGCUCACAUAUAUUUUCAUUCAGGCAUUCCUUAAAAUGUAAUGAAUGCAGGUUUUAAACCAUACUUCAUCUUUCUAAAUUGAGAACCGGUAAAGGUUAAAUAAAUAAUUUUAGUCAAAUUAAACACACAUCAUUUUAAACCCAUCAAAUGGCUGCACAUCACAUGGAUGGUUUUAAUGUAACCUGUGGAUGAUUGCAAGCAUGAGCAGAUGCUCAGACAGUUUCUGUAUGAAGAUGAGAAAGAUAACUAUUGACUAACUCAUUUUGGUAACCUCAUAUAAAUGUAUACUUGAAAAGC